AUGAAGGUUGAGAUCGACUCGUUCUCUGGGUACAAAAUCUACCCCUCGAAGGGCAAGCUCUUCGUUCGCGGAGACAGCAAAGUCUUCCGCUUCGCCUCCUCCAAAAACGCAUCCCUCUUCCUCCAGCGCAAGAACCCCCGUAAGAUCGCAUGGACGGUCGUCUACCGCCGCAUGCACAAGAAGGGCAUCACAGAAGAAGUCGCCAAGAAGCGGUCGCGCCGCACCGUAAAGCACCAGCGAGGCAUCGUCGGCGCUGACCUCGCCGCCAUCGCCGCCAAGCGCAACCAGACCGCCGCCGUCCGCUCGCAGCAAAGGCUCUCCGCCAUCACGAAGGCUAAGUCGGAGAAGAAGGAGAAGGAGACCAAGAAGGCCAAGCCCGCUCGUGUUGCAACCGGCCCCAAAGUAUCGAAACAGCAAAUGAAGGGCGGAAAGGGUGGAAGAUAA